AACAGAUAAAAAAUCUAAUUAUGAAAAAAAAAUUUGAAACAAUUUACUCGCCUAUUUGUAACGCCAUAAAAUUCUUAGGUAUCUUGAAUACAAUGUUUUAUCCAUUACCGAAACUAAACACUACCUUAACUUUACAACACAUUUGAUCUCUAAUUCUACACGUGGUGAAGUUUUCCCCUGAGUUCUCUUCGCUCGAACUGAAUCCUAAUUACGAAAUAAUAUUUAUUUUCCAGCCUUCGAACAUACCACUCUCCAGAGAUGGAUAUUGAUUAAAUAUCCAACUGUGCGUUUUAUUACGUAAUCUGCUUCCUUCCAUUCCAUACAAACGUACAGACAAAAGUCUGUUUUGGCAACUGUUGUAUCCCAUCCAACCGCGUGCUGUGGCGUCAAAUCUGGUGGCACGUAGAUACGUACCCAUUUCCAGACUUAUAAUUGUUACCACAAGAACAGUAAACAUUAUUUGCAUCUGGGCUCAUCUCGCGGAAAAGAAAAUUAAUAUCUCUGCCUCCCUCGCGACAACUCAUCACCAUCAUCAUCAAAAUUUAUUCGCAACUUUUUCAUCACCAUAAUUUUGACUUUGUUCUCGAAAAUUUUCUUUCAAAAUUUCCAGAAGAGUUCAUUUAUUCAAAUGUGCUUCUUAAUAAUCCUUCCGAACAAAAAAGUCUUUCUGGCUGUGCAAUAAUGAUAAUCUUUCUCUGUUUGAGUGAUUAGUUGGAGGAGUGGAUUUGUUAGUUAACCUAUGGGGUGGUGUGCAUAAAUUAUGUGAGAAUUUUUUAAAAUUAGGCAAAAAGUGCAAUUUUUUUCCGUGUUACAUUGUCAAAAAUCUGGUGGAUAACAUAGCUUGUGUUGGUAUUAAUUUGAUAGUAAUUUGUUUCUGAGUGGUUAAUUUUUUAUUACCAUAACAUUACUAAACGGUAAUGCUCGUUAUUACCGAGCCGAUUGAGUCAAAUUUAUACAUAUGUAAAUACUACGGGCAGUAAUGAAUUAAUACCAAUUUCGUAAGAGUGUACCCGGAUAAAAAUAAGGGUGAAAAUUCUCCGAAAAUCGCCCACUUUCUUUACACCCGGCCCCCGACUUAUCUUCGCGUGCUUAUCUGACAACGAAAUUAAAAAGAUCCAUCCAACCAGGCUGACAGCUCGGAAUCGUUUAAACUUGUAAUUAAUUUUCGUCCUCGUACUUGUAACCGACCACGCGGAAAUUAAAAAAAGUGUGUAUUUUUGGUGUGAUACCACUGCACCGUGUUGCCAUAGAAACGUGGAAAUCAGAGGAGGAUGCCCCCCACGAUUCGUUCCUUGCCCCAGGUCUGCGUCCUCUUCCUUUGUGCCAGCUUGGUCUCCGUUGGCGUGAUUUAUUUCCUCAAUGCUGAAGUCGAGGCGAGGAGGAGGAGGGAGCACCAGCACGGUGAAAUGGAUCGCGGAACAAUAAUGGACAAUAGGCCAGAAACUCUUCAAAUUCCGGAACAUCAUCACCUCACAUCGUCCCAAAAUCCCACCUUCCUCUCCACAAUCUCCUCUUCGAUACGGCACCAGUUCACCAAAUUCUAUACAAAUUUCCGUCACGGUUUAGACAAACUGUCCUCGUCCAGUCGGCGAAGGAAACGUGAGCUGAGCGAAACCACUGAAAUUAUUAAUCAAAAUCAAGAAGAUCUGCCCCACCGACGUCGCCACCACCAACACCACAACAGACAACGACACGACCAGGACGACCAGGAGGACAAAGCCGCCCUCAUCAUAACAAGUCAUCCCGUAAAGAAAACAGUACUCGAGCCGUUCACAAAGGAGCAAUGUUAUCACACGGACGAUGUCCUACUCGUCGUCGCGAUUACAUGUUUACUCAACUUCAGCUUCGUCUCAGUGGUGUGGUGCUCGGUGAGAUGUUGUAAUCGAAGGAGUGGGAGGAGGACGUGGAAAAUUAAGAAGAAGAGGAGGAGGUACAAUAAUAAGAGGAAGAAUAAGGGGGCACUCAGUUGGGAAGAAAUGUCCUCUUCUGACUCAACAUCCUGCACUUCAUCGACCGACGAUUCCGACUGCGACGACAAUCCUCCUCCCCCCGUAAAAAGUUAUUCCAUGGAAGAACUCAGAUUUUAUUACGGUUGACAUACAUACAUCCACCCAUCCACCCAUACUUAAAUAAAUACAUAUAUACAAACCGUACCUGUGUAUCUAAUCUAUGUGUAUACCCUCUGAUUUUCUAAUAAUAAUAAAACCUUCACACGACAACAAUA